AUGUCUGCUUCCCCGACCGCCCGUCAAGCCAUUACCCAGGCUCUGCCCAUGAUGACCAGGAAGAUCAUCAUCUCGGAUCCAAUCCAGAUGCCCGAGGUCUACUCCUCAACACCCGGAGGAACCCUGUACUCCACCACCCCUGGAGGCACUAAACUGAUCUACGAGCGGGCCUUCAUGAAGAAUCUCCGUGGCUCCCCCCUGAGCCAAACACCCCCGCCCAAUGUGCCCAGUUGUUUGCUGAGGGGCACUCCCCGUACUCCCUUCCGCAAAUGUGUGCCCGUCCCAACAGAACUGGUCAAGAAGACGAAGUCUCUGAAGAUCGAAGAUCAGGAACAGUUCCAGCUGGAUCUGUAGGGGAUGUGGUUGAAGUCCCUCUAAGCAGCAACUGCCAAAAUCAUUUAGUCAAUAGAUAAACCCACUAAAACCCGAUCUUAUAAGCUUAGUGUGCAUCGUUUUAGCCAUACCCAUCAACUAGAUGCUAAGUUCUUAGUUUUUCCACAUUGUUUCGUUCUUUCGGUCAUAUUGACUUUGUAACUUGUAAAACUCUAGAAGUUAAGUCAAAAGCAAUAAAAAAAUACACAUCAUUUAAAAGGAAA